AUGGAGAAUGAUCAGUCCCCCGAGCAGCAGCCACAGGCUCCCACCUCAUCCAGACUGGAUGUCCAAGGGCAAAGCAAGGAGAAACCUGUCCCCAGCUCACAGCCCCAGGCCCCCACGGACCAGCCAAGCACCUGUCCCGAGGUGGCCAUGUGUGAUAUCUCAGAGGAGUUGAGCCGGCAGCUGGAGGACAUCAUUAAUACCUAUGGAUCUGCAGCAAGUCUGAUGGAGAAGGAAAGCACUACGACAGGAACUGACAAGCCUGAGAAGGGAGAACCAGGCAGCCUGGAGGAUGCAGAGUAUGAGGAUGCAAAUGAGGAAAGUGAGAAAGAAAAGCCAGCUCCUGGAGAUGCUUCAAGAGCAAAGGAGCCCAGUACCAUCAAGGAGCAAAAACUGGAGAAGAAAAUCCUGAAAGGUCUAGGGAAGGAAGCUACCCUGCUGAUGCAAAGCUUGAAUAAGCUGAGUACCCCAGAGGAGAAGCUGGACCUGUUAUUUAAGAAGUAUGCUGAGCUGCUUGAAGAACAUCGUGCUGAGCAGAAGCAGCUCAAGUACCUGCAGAAGAGGCAGGCUCAGAUCACCAAGGAGAAGGACCAGCUGCAGAGUGAGCACAGCCGAGCCAUCCUUGCCCGCAGCAAACUUGAGAGCCUGUGCCGGGAGCUCCAGAGGCACAACAAAAACCUCAAGGAGGAAACGAUUCAGCGGGCACGGGAGGAAGAUGAGAAGAGGAAAGAAAUUACUAAUCAUUUCCAGGGCACACUGAGUGAAAUCCAGGCUCAGAUCGAGCAGCAAAGCGAGAGGAACAUGAAGCUCUGCCAGGAGAACACAGAGCUGGCAGAGAAGCUGAAAAGCAUCAUUGACCAGUAUGAGCUGCGGGAAGAGCACCUUGAUAAAAUAUUCAAGCACAGGGAACUUCAACAGAAAUUGGUGGAUGCCAAGUUGGAGCAGUCUCAGGAAAUGAUGAAGGAAGCAGAGGAGCGACACCAGAAAGAAAAGGAAUAUCUCCUGAACCAAGCUGCAGAAUGGAAGCUCCAGGCCAAAAUGUUAAAGGAACAAGAGACUGUCCUGCAGGCACAGAUCACUCUCUACUCUGAAAGGUUUGAAGAAUUUCAGAAAACAUUGACCAAAAGCAAUGAAGUGUUUGCCACUUUCAAACAGGAGAUGGAGAAAAUGACAAAGAAAAUGAAGAAAUUGGAAAAGGAUACUGCUACAUGGAAAUCCAGGUUUGAGAACUGUAACAGAGCAUUACUGGACAUGAUUGAAGAGAAAGCCAUGAGGACCAAGGAAUAUGAGUGCUUCGUGCUGAAAAUCCAGAGACUAGAGAACCUUUGCCGAGCUCUGCAGGAAGAGAGGAAUGAAUUGUACAAAAAAAUAAAACAAGCACAGUUCCCUGAAGAGGUGAAUGGAAAUGACAUCUUAGAAGAAGAAGACGACACUGAUACAAACCCUUCCUCCUCCGAGCAGGCAAGCAUUGAGUUGCAUGCCACUGACGAUAGCAUGCUAAAGAAGCUGGCAGAGGCUUUCAGGGUGUCCCACAAGGUGGAUGAGUUCCUCCCAAGCAACGGCAGCAACCCAGAGCCCCAUGAUGCUCAAACGUGUAAUGCUGUCUCAGAGCCUGAGCUCCCCUCUCAUCUCACCCCACGGUCAGAGUCUGGGAAUCUCUGUGAGCAGCCUAGCACGAGCACAUCAACACCUCCUGAACAUAUGCCAGCACCCACUGAAAAUACAAUGCCCACCAAGAAUGUGCCAAAGGCUACCAGAAACAUGCCCACACUCCCAGAAAGGGUGCCAGCACCCACAGAAAGUGCACCAGUACCUCCCGAAACCAUGCCAGGUCCCACUGGGAAUGAGGCAAAAGCUAUUGAAAACAUGCCAAAACCCACUCUAAACAUGCCUGCUCCACUUGGAAAUAUGCCAGCAUCCACAAGUCCACCAAAAGCUGCAGAAUGUAUGGAAGACACAGCAGAGCUGUCUGUCCAAGGUCAGCCUGCAGAGCAAACAGGAGAUACAGACAUGGAAGCGGUAGAUUGAAGACACUGAUGUGUUCAGGCCUGUCUUUUACAAACCGCAGCUCUACUUUGUUCCCCAAGAUUGGUAUCUUUUUUUCUUUUUAAAGAAACAAAAAGUAGAUGCUAAAACACACUCAUACAUACCUGUGAGAAAACGUAAAGUGCUUCUCUUUGCUACCACUAUCCAGUAAUAUUGAGUCUGCAUAUUUUGCCGUCCUUCAUCUGCUUGAAGCAUAAUAUUUUCUUAAUGACAGGAAAAUACAACAAAAUUACAGUAUCUGUCUUUUUCCCAGGCAUAAUGAGUCAUCUCAUUCAACAAAAUAAUUUUGAAUUGUUGAAGUUUCAUGUUUGAAAAGUUAUUGCAAUUCGCAUACAUAUAUUUAAAGUCUCAGAAUUAAUUGUAUCUGUUCAGUUUGAUGUUGCAUAAAAGAUGGCCUACUUGGAAAUGUAGAGAUCUCAAUAAAUCAGGGGAAAGGAAUCUGUGAUUAUAAAGUAAAAUUGUGAAACCAUCAAUGUGGUCAGCCAGAUCCGAGGUGAUGUGUAAAAACAAAAGGGGAAUUUUUGUAAGAGUAAACUACUACUCGGCGCUACGAGGACUGAACAACCACAAACCCUUAGGCUACCUCUGGAUAUGUUUUUUCUGCUUAGUGCUCAAAAAGAGGUUACCAACAGAACAAUGGGGGAAGGAAAAAAUAUAUUUUCUAUAUUCUUCAUAAAAUAUCUGAAAACAACAGCAACUUCCAAACUGAUGGCAAUUCCCAAGGUAGGGAUAACCACCCUUCUCCUGCAUCCAACAGAGACUAGUUUGCUAGUUUGUUGUACCAUUUGGGAUCACACAUUUGCAACAGAGGGUCACGUGCCUUCUUCCAGCGAGCAAACAAGUUUGGAAGUUCAGAAGUUGGAUGCAGAUCCUGGAACUUACGCCAGGGACAGAGAAGGGAGCGAAGCUAUGCAAGAAGGUACCAGGAGGUACUCCAGAAGACCCCCUGUGAUCAUGCUUCAGGAGAGAGUGAUCCCUCCUGGUCACAGUCAUACAAACAUCUCUUCAGUAAAGCUUCCUUCUGGCCCUGCUGCAUGUACUGAUGCACCCAGGAGAAAGGCAAGUGCCUGUCAUCCUGUCCAAGCAAAUAAACAAAUAGGUACCAGGAAAGCAUGAAUCCCUCUUACCUUCAGGAGAUCAGAGGUAUUCCCAUCCCCUCUCUCAUCUAACCAGCCCUUCCUAUCUGCCUGCCAGCACACCAUUAGUGAAUAGUUUUACCACCUUGUCGGAAAAGCCAAGCCAGAAAUGCUGAUCCUGGCAUCGAGAACAAGGGUGAGGAAGGAAUCAGGUAAGAGAGUGCACCUACGAAGACAGCUGUACAGUCUCGAGCAAGAAGAGUAAGAAGGCUUUGGAGAAAAAGGUUAAAAAAAUCCUGCUGGCACAUUUCUUGUUUCUCAUCCCCUUCUUCUGAAUUCAGUCUAGGCAUUUUGGAUCCUGAUCUGAACAGCUUAAGAACCUGAAAAGGGCAAUUACAUGGGAUGUCUGUAUGCUGGAAAGAGAAGUGUUACAAUCAAACACAUGUUUAGAGACAAAUCCCAAGGAGCCCCUGAAGAAAAUCCCAAAGUUGAAAUAGAGUUGAACCAAGAGAAAAGAUGCCACUUUUGGCAAAGCAUGAGAGGCAGUUCAGAGUGCUUCCUCCACAUCACCCUCCAAAAGCAAGGUUUGAAUCUUUGAUUCCAGCCAACCUGUGUCUGCACUGCUUGUCCAGCCUUUUCAAGAGCUAACCCUUCAAAGAUACAGACCAUGAUUUGCAACUGUAGGUUGUUUUGGUAUGGCCUUACAAAGUAGCUAUUUUGGCUACAGUUUAAAAAUGUAGAUACCUUAUGUUCGAUACCAAGACAGGCAGGAUAUAUUUCAUGUCUUUAAUCACCUGAAAGUGGAUUAUUCAAGUCUUAGUUAUCUUAAGCUCCUUUUAUAAGUAAUGGAGAUGAAUAGGCAUCUUUUAAGGACAAGUCAUUUUAUGGUAAGACUGGCAUCCAAGACAGAGGAAAGUGACUUUCUCUCUGAAGGUGCCAUUUCUCUUCACUGAUUCUAGGGCUAGCCUAAGACAACUAGCUUAAAUUAAAAAUGAUAAUUAUUAGGUGUCUAAAUAAGGCAAGAGGAAUCUCACCAGACAUUCAGCUUCAAGGCCCUAAACAAAUCACCCUCUCUGAAAUGUAAGCCACUUAUGUGCCUGUGAAAACAUUAACUUGUAACAAGUCUUUAUCCUAAGACAGAAAGCUAUACUCACUUUAUUUACUUUCUUUAGUUUCCAUUGACUUGAGUCUGUAGAAAUCUAGUUUCAGUUAUGAGUUGUGUUUGGCUUUAGGGUGGCUUUUAAAAUUAAUAUAAUUUAUUUUUUUUUUUC